AGGCUGGGGCAUCCGUCCGGAAUCGGGGUUCCUCCUCCUCACACGGGGUCCUCCCUGCCGGCCUUUUAGGCAGGCUCCUGCCUGACUCUGGAACCGGCCACCGGCAGCCACCAUGAACCAAGGCAGCCCCGAUCGGUGGAGCCGCGGGGUAGCGCAGCUACCGAGUCCCGGAGCGGCGGACUGAGAUCGCGGCAGCCUCCAAGCUCAGCACCAGCCGCGGGAGGAGAAUGCAACGAGGGGGUCUGGCCCGGCUGGGCUCCGUGGCCGUGCUCUGGCUGCUAGCUUUGGCUUCCUUGGCGGGGCUGUGGAGUGGACGGAUUGGGGACCCGAGAACGAUCGAACUGAAGUUCCCACAGGAGCGAGCCGACUCGGCGUUCGGCAGCAUCCAAGUGGCGCCGGCAGCACCGAGCCGUCCCCUCCAGACAAGUCGCCUCCAAGCCGCCCAGAAAACUUUCCGAGCCCUGCUCACGCUGCCGGGACAGUCGACGGAGCUUCAGGAGGGGCAGGGAGAAAGCGGGCAGGAGCCGCCGCUUCCUUCGGCUCGCCCUCGGCGGGAGAGGCAAGGAGCAAUGGGAGCCGAGGAGCAGUUUCCCUUCUUGCCGGUGCGCGGCGGGGUUUUUUGGAGCCAGACCUUGGAGGCUCAGGUGCCGCCGGGCUUUCCGGCGGAGGAGACCGCCUCGUGGCUGCGGGCGGCCCGGGAAGCGCGCGUCGUGUCGCUCGAGCGCGGCGGCUGCGGUCGCAGCUCCAACCGGCUGGCCCGGUUAUCGGACGGGAGCCGCGCCUGCGUGCGCUACGGCAUCAACCCGGAGCAGAUCCAGGGCGAGGCGCUUUCCUAUCAUCUGGCCGGGCUACUGGGCAUUCAAGAGCGGCUGCCGCCUCUGGCUCUCUCCCGGGUGGAAGCCCGCGGCGGGCAGUGGGCGGAAGUGCGCGACGAGCUGCGCGGCUCUCAUUGGGCCGAGGGGGCCGUGGUGAGCCUGGCGCGGUGGGUGGACAAUCUGACCGACGUGGUGGCCCCCGCCCCUUGGCAAACCGAGGCGGGGGUGCCGGCGGCCGGCCGGAGGUUGCAGCCCCUGUCGGUGGGGGAGCUGAGAGGCCUCAGCCAGGCGCAGCUGGUGGAGCUGGUGCAAUGGAGCGACUUGAUUCUCUUCGACUAUCUCACGGCCAACUUCGACCGGCUGGUCAGCAACCUGUUUAGCCUCCAGUGGGACCCCCGCGUCAUGCAUCGGGCCACCAGCAACCUGCACCGGGCCCCCAAUGGGGGAUUGGUUUUCCUCGACAACGAGGCCGGCCUGGUGCACGGCUACCGGCUGCUGGCCAUGUGGGACAAAUACAACGAGCCUUUGCUGCGCUCCGUCUGCGUCUUCCGCGAGGCCACCGCCCAGAGAGUGCGGGAGUUGCACCGCUUGCGCAACGCGGCGUCCGAGCUGCUCAGGCUCUACAGGACUCGGGAGCCUCUGGCCGAGAUUCUCGGCUUCCUCUCCGACCAGCAAGCCCAGAUGCUCCAGGAGCGGAUCGACUUUGUCCAUAAGCACAUUUUGCACUGCAAAGCCAAGGCCACCGCUCCGUGAUGCUCUUUGCCUUGGUGAAACCGCCUGGAUUUAUGAGACUCAGAAGAGAUUCAAGAAUGGGGAGAAGAACGCCUGAAGGGGCUCUUUCCCGCUAUUUAAGGGCCGGGGAUCAAUAUCCCUAAAGGAAAUUAAGGCUGGAAGCCCCCCUCUUGGGGGUUGACAGGAACCUCUCCCAUCAGAAUGGUCCUAAGAUUUCACAGAGGAAUAUAUGUGGCAAGCCCAGCUAAAAAUGAACAUGAUUCAGAGUUCUGUUUUGUGAGGAUGAAUAGCCAGUAGCUGAACUAGUUCUUGUCUCUCAGAUACUUUGUUCCUGGAAUCUAUCUGCAGAAUGUGAUCCUUCUUUACCUGACACUCCUAGUGUUAAGUUUCCAGCUCCUGAAGAAAAAGCGCCUUGCUGCCAAUUUCGCUCCUCUUGUGACCACUGGGAAGGCCUGGGUAUUUGGGAGAGAUGCACUCACAUGGCCUUCUGCACCCUGGGAGCCUCCUAGAUGCAUUGAACCACAUCUUACACCAGGCCCCAGCUGGCAUGUUGGCCCAGGGUGAUAGAAGUUGUAAUCCUGUUCACAGGAGGGUGCCAUAUUAAAGCUGGAUUAAAAUGUCAUAACACCCCCCACCCAUUUUUAAGUAUUAGAUGUAACAAUGCCCCCUUCCUCAUCUGCACUAUUGCCUAUUACAGAAAAGGUCAAAAAUAUCUUCCCAGUCUGCAGUUUUUGUUAGAAUUGCUGUGAAGAUGCUGAGUAGCCGGGAGUUAGAAACAUAACUGAGUUUCAGAGGUGAUUCAUGUCUUUGAUAUAAUCUAUACAUAAAAAAUAGAUUUAUCUGUCACUGUGUCAUUUCCCUUACCAGGAAAAUUAAAAGGUCCUGUACAAAAGCUAUGGUUGGCAUUUAAAUGAACCACCUCCCUUGUCCUUCCAGUGGGCAUCAAGAGUGUGUUUCUUUGUCACACCCUUAAAAAAAGCCUCCACAAAAGUUAAUUUAAUAUCUAGAUAUUGUAGCUCCACUUAACAGAACAGCAUUUUUAGUGAAUUUCCUGUCGGCAUGGACAGCGACAAAGUCAACAGUUGUAAUAAAUGUGCAGAAAAGUCACUGUUGUUAACACCUUUUAUCUCUUAACAGUCAGAAGCAUUUGACAAAAAAAAAGUGGUUCCACAGCAUUUCUGUUUUAUAUGUAACCCAGUACUGUAUAAUAAAAUGGGGUGGGGGAUUUCCAGGUUUAUAGUAUUGUCAGUGUAGUAAAAUUUUGAUGCAUUAAUUUGGAGAAG